AUGACGUAUUGGCAUCAGGGCAAAGCCAAGAGGUGGAAAAAAGGUGGUAGACGGAAAGAAUACCAACAGUCAUCUUUAGGGAAUUCAUUGCAACUACUUGAUAUACAGAACACCAUAGUCCCCCAAACUGGCUGGAACAUUGGAGACAAACCAGAGCAGUUGCACGAUAGCCAGGAGCUAUUUUAUGUCAAGACACUGGAAGAAAACUUGCAGCAGAAAUAUAGCCAGCUCUUCUGGGGUCUUCCUUCUUUGCACAGUGAGUCCCUAGUAGCUACUUUCCUGGUUUCCAAUAGUAGUUCUCCACUAGAAACUCGCUUUGUCUUAUUCAAUGGAAUUUGUAAUGCUUCUGUACUCAAAAUGCAGCAUCAAGGAUCUCCACCAUUCCCUCAUUUCCAUUUCCUUCCCCUAAACAAUGUAGAUCCUCAACAUUUGCCUCAAAUCAAGCCCCAAGCACAAUAUUUCACUCAGGUCCAGCCCCAGCCCCAGCCCCACUUUCAAUCCCAACUCGCAAUCCUACCAUCUUCUUCUUCAUCCCAGAUUAGGGACUGUGGAGUGUCUUUCAAUAGAUCUCAGAAUGAGUCAGACUCUAAUAUCUUGAGUGAAAAUCAACACCUGGGAUGCCAUAUGUUGCAGAUGCAACAGGAAAGUUUGCAGGGCUUAGUCCCUGUUCUCCAAAAAGCUCAAGAUGCCACUUGUCCUCAAGCUCCCAACCUUCCAUUGGUCAGCCAGUCAUCCCAUGCCUAUGUACCAGUCUCCAUCCUUCCUGGCCAUUUUCAUACCACCAAUGAACCUCAGGGGCAACUGCAGCUCUAUGCUCCGAGUAGGAUAAUCCCAUUCCAAUGCCAUCAUGCCUGUAGGAAUCUAGAGCCUCUAGAACUGAGGGCACCUCAGUGUCAAUUAACAGAAACUUCUCUGCAGAAAGACGGGUAUGCUCACUUACAACUCUCUGAGCUUCAAGGAGAAUGUAGCAAGUCACUAGGCAAGAAUGAAUUGUGUUUCCCAGGACAUUUAUGUGAGGGGGUUCCACAAAACUUUCAGCUAAGGGAGGACAUAAAGAGGAAUCUUGGGUAUAUCCUAGAGAAGAGCCCAGAAGACAGCCCACAAAGGAUCUCAGAAUGCUACCUAGUAAAGCGCCUGAGGGCUGCCUCAGAGACAAAAAGUAACUGUGUGUGUCACUCGAGUCACUUAGGAAAGAAAUUAUUAAGUGUCUCAAGGAAGGGCAUAAACUGGAAUAAAAUUAAAGCCAUUCUUAGAUUACAUUUGAGCAAGAAGUCUUCACAGAUCACUGAGGGUAGAAUCCCUAUAGGCGUGUGUCAUUCAUGGAUGGCCGAGGACAAUACAUGGCCGCCUUCUGGGAAUUCCCACACCAAUAAGAAAAUUAAAAAUUCAAAAAACACAAUGACUGGUAGAGUCUACUACCAGAUUACCACUCUAGAGCUUUCUUUUCUUGAUCCCAAUACUCGAAAAGUGCUUGAAGCCCAUAUUAUAAGGUUUCGUGUGAAUCAGAGAUGGGGCCUCCCACUAAAGGUUAUUCAAUCCAUAAAAUUAUAUACAGCAAGAGAAGGCAAAACAUGGCCUCUUCCCCAGUUUGACUUUCCCUCCUCAGCCACCCAUGUUUCUAAUGUAGUUUCUGAAGCUGAGGUUUUCAAGCCCCUUGAGGGAAGCUCCAAAACUUUUCAGGGAAACAAGCUGGGAAUAAAUUCAGUUGGUAUCCUGGAGUCUCCUCUCCCAGCUUUCCCAUAUGUAAGCUGGGAAGGACAGGGGGUCCCGAAAACAUCACAUGCUGGUAUGGAACAUAAGCUUGCAGAGAAUGUCCAGAAAACUGUGUGUGGCAUGCAGACUUUUCAGCCCCUCAGGCACCACACCAUAGACAAAGGGAGACAGAGUGAGAUUGUACUGGACAAUAGAUACAGCCCAAAGGUGCCCAGGAAGCUAGCUGGAGCUGGACAUGAGCCAAGGGAUGAGAAUGUGAGUUCCCGUGAUAGAGCAACAUUGAUUCAGGGCCAAAAGACAGUGGUAGAAAAUUUAGAAUAUUUUCCCGUCUCCAAAAUGUUCAGUGAGAUAUUAAAGGCCCAGGAGCCAUAUGCAAUUAAAUCACUAGCUUGUGACAUCUUGACAACCCAGGAGUUGGGAGUCUCCCAAAUGAUAAAUGUCAAUAUGAGUAAAGAAGAAUCUACCCUGACCACUGAGGAUCCCUCACCAAAAAUAUUAGAGCCCCAAAAUUCUAAACUAUCAAACCUGCAAAAACAGCUCCUUGCUGAGUUAAAACUUAAAUUGAAGAGCAGGGAGCAAAGCCGCAAUCAAGGCUGUCCCACUGACAUGUCCCUUACUUCAGAUAGCUUUCCUUCCCUAGCCUCACCAACUCUGCCCCGGAGCAUCUCCAGUGGGCACAUGGGAGUGUCCAAGGGGCCUCAUGUCCACUUUGAGGACAGCACAGAGCUCAGGCAGGAAUCCUGGGUCCCUAAGAAUGUCUUAUGGAAGUGCCAAGAUAUCAAUUUACCACCAGUGGCUAAGAAAGUGAUAACUUUGGAUUCCAAAGCAGGAGAAUGUAGAAGUGAGGAUUCGAGUGCAUGGACAUCUAAAGCUAGAAAGAAGAGCCACCCUGUUAAGGAUAAAGAAUUAGAGGGCCCUUUCCUGUCUUUGUCACAAAAUGAACAGUCUCCUCCUGAUAGUUACUUCAAAAAAAAGAGGAGGGAAUUUUCUCAGUGGGUCAAUUCCAAAAGAAAAAGUAAAGAGCUGGAAACUCGCCAGCAAAAAACCAACUUCGCAUCAACAUUUGCACAGGAACAUGACUUAGCUGAAAGUGAAGCUAUCUUUUUGGAUUGUGGGCUUUCUGAAGCUCAUGAGCUCAUGACAGCCAUUGGGAAGUUCCUAGAGGAAAAAUUGCCAAAUAGUCAUGAACUUCAGGCCUUUCAUUUACGUCAAAAGAAGUAG